AUGGAGUACAACAAAGAAGUAGAAGAAAAUUCAGCACAUACAGAGGGAUUUCGAUUCCAUCCAACUGAUAGAGAAUUGAUGAAGUACCUUAUACUCUUUGUUAUAAGCAAACCUUUUUCAAAAUUAGUUCCUAUUGUACUUGAAGAUCUAUAUACUAUAGAACCAUGGGAUAUUUUCAAGGGUAAAAAAGAUAGGGCGUUGUAUUUUUUUACGGAGUUGAAGAAAAAAAAGACAGGUAAUACAAGGUAUGUUAGAAGUGUUGGAGAAGGUUCAUGGAAAUCACAAGACAAAGGGAAAGCAGUGUGUAGUGAAAAAGGUUCAAUAUUGGGAUACAAAAGAAGUUUAAGAUACCAAAAUCCAGGGUUACCACUACAUGAUGGACAAUGGCUUAUGAAGGAAUAUUCUAUUUGUGAUGAUGUCAAAAAACACUUGCGUCAACGUUUUCAUGAAUAUAACAAAGAGCAUUACGUACUUUGCCGAGUUAAAAGAAAGAUAGGAAAAGAUGAAGAUGGAAUUGCCCCAAAAGAGACAAUUAUAGAUGAAGAGAUCAAUGAUAUUAUUGGAUCAAAUGAUGCAGCAGAUACUCUUGCCAUUGACAUUAACCGUCCGUUUCAUGGAUAG